AUGCACAAUGAAAGGGUUUCUCACGUCCUUAGUGACCAAGAGGUUGAAUGGAGAUUCAUUCCCCCUUUAUCACCUCACUUUGAAGGAAUAUGGGAAGCUACGGUUAAGGUAUUCAAACAUCAUUUUAAACGUGUCAUAGGUGAUAUCCUUUUUACUUUUGAAGAACUUAAUGCGUUUGCCAUCGAAGUCGAAGCGAUCCUAAAUUCACGCUCUCUCACACGUAUUUCUUGUGAUCCAAACGACAUGCUUGCUCUCACUCCUGGUCAUUUCAUAAUAGGUGACUCUCUCACAAAUCUACCAGAGGUGGAUUUCACUUCAGCAUCACCUUCCGCAUCGGCGCGACAUACAAAAAAUGCGUCAGCACUUCUGGAGAAGGUGGCACAAGGAAUAUCUCAAGGAGUUAAACAUUCGGCAUAA